CUCGCUCGCCAUCGGGUGUGUACGUCAGUUAAGUCGGUAUUGGGGACCUUAUUACGCCUCAAACUACACUCUGAUCGAGGCGAAACACCCGGCAGUGCAGCAGCUCCACUACUGUCCGCUUUGGACGGCUAUACCGAAGAUGAACUAUCCGAAUAUCGACAGGUUUUCAAUAUGUUCGACACAGAUCGAAGUGGAGCAAUCGCCUUGGAUGAACUGGAAACAGCGAUUCGGAAUCUCGGCUUGGAACAGACAAGAGAUGAACUGGACAAGAUCAUCGAUGAGGUAGACCAACGGGGUAACCAUCAAAUCGAUUUCGAUGAAUUCUGUGUGGUGAUGCGGCGGUUGUAUAUGAAAAAACGCAGUUGGAAUGAAGUCGUCAAGGAAUGCUUCAGUGUAUUCGACCGGUCUGAAUCCAGUGUAAUCUCAAAGAAAGACUUUCAAUACAUACUCCGAGAAUUGGGCGAUAUCACGGAUAAUCAGAUUAUCGACGAAAUAUUUUUGGAGGCAGACGUUGAUGGUAAUGGAUUGAUAGAUUACGAUGAGUUCUCGUACAUGGUUAAGAACUAUAUGACUGAUGACGAUAUCAACUGA